CACAGGCACCGCGAGCCCGAGCAGAUAGGAGCGCGCCCGCACUUCUCAUCACAGCCGGAUAAAUCCAAGUGCGUGCAUGGCACUGAGCCGCACGUGCAUGCAUUGAGCUAGGGUAAAAGGGUGGAAGCGCGCGCACAGGGCUGGGUUUGUCACCCGGAGCACUUCAAACGAGUUUGGAAGGUUUUGCAUUUGCGGCUUUUGGGGACGCGCGCGCGCGCUGUUGGUGAAACUCGAGGCUGAAGCAGUGUGUUUUCAGGGUGAGCUGACUGACUCUCGCGAGGAGGCAGGACGUGGAGAAAAGAGCGAGCUGGAGCGCGCGGACGGCUAUGAGGAUUAACAGAGAGAGCAGCAGCGGGAUGAAGGUAAUGGAGAGGAGGACGCGCGCGGGCGCUGCGGUGGGCUGCUGAAGCUGAAUCAUCCCAGAUUAAGCAGGGAAAGCGGGUUUAGUCUGGAUUAUAACGCGGCUUCAUCAGAACUCGGCCAUGGUCCCCAAGUCCAGAACACAGCUGGCUUUCUUCUUCAUCCUGCUCUGCCCGGUCAACAUCAUCGGACUGUGGUGGGCAGUGGGUAGUCCUUUGGUCAUGGACCCGAAUAGCAUCUGCAGGAAGACUAGGCGACUGGCUGGAAAACAGGCCGAACUGUGCCAGACCCAGCCUGAGAUUGUCAACGAAGUUGCCAAAGGUGCCAGGCUGGGGGUCCGGGAGUGCCAGUAUCAGUUCCGCUUUCGGCGAUGGAACUGCACCAGCCAUAACAAAUACUUUGGCAAGAUCCUGCAGCAAGAUAUCCGUGAGACGGCGUUUGUCUAUGCCAUCACGGCGGCAGGGGUCACUCAUGCGGUCACUCAGGCCUGCAGUAUGGGGGAGCUGCUGCAGUGCGGCUGUGAAUCGACCCGCAGUCGGGCCCCCCCACCCCGGCCCCCCGGAGUACCCCACACUGAGGGAGUGAAGUGGGAGUGGGGCGGCUGUGGGGACGACGUCGAGUUCGGCUAUGAGAAAUCCAAACAGUUCAUGGACGCCAAGCGCAGGAAGGGCAAGAGCGACAUCCGCACACUCAUCGAUCUCCAUAACAACGAGGCCGGCAGACUGGCGGUGAAGAAUUAUAUGAGAACUGAAUGCAAAUGCCACGGGCUGUCUGGUUCCUGCACUCUGAGGACCUGCUGGAAGAAGAUGCCUCAUUUCCGAGAGGUCGGCGACCGGCUGCUCGAGCGCUUCAACGGCGCCUUCAAGGUGAUGGGGGGGAACGAUGGGAAGACUCUCAUCCCUGUGGGCCAGAAUAUUAAACCCCCAGACAAGCAGGACCUGAUCUACUCAGCUGAGUCUCCAGACUUCUGCCUCCCGAACAGGAAGACGGGUUCUCUGGGGACUCGCGGCCGCACCUGUAACAGCACUGCACUGGACGUGAGUGGCUGCGACCUGCUGUGCUGUGAGCGAGGCCACCGCUUCGAGACCGUGGAGCUGGAGGAAAACUGCCUUUGCCGGUUCCACUGGUGCUGCGUGGUGCAGUGCAAGAAGUGCUCUGUCCGCAAGGAGCUCAGCCUUUGCCUCUAGUGGGCAGCACAUGCUCUAGAACACUGAUCACUUACCUACAGGGGGAUCUAACACACUGAUUCCUCUGCAGGGGCACCUAGAACACAGACUUAACUGCAGUGCAGUGUAGAGACCAAUACACCUGCCAGGAGAAUCUAGAACACCAACUUGCCUGUGUUGGGAUCUAGAACACUGGCUCCCCUGCAGGAGAAUCUAGAACACUGACUCACCUGCAGAGGGAUCUACAACACUGACUCACCUGCAGAGGGAUCUAGAACACCGACUCACUUACAGAGGGAUCCACAACGCUAACUGACUUGCAGGAGAAUCUAGAACACCGACUCACUUGCAGGGGAAUCUACAACAGUGACUCACCUGCAGGAAGAUCCCCCGAUUCACCUGCCAGGGUUAUCGAGAACACUGAUUUAGAGUGCAGAGUGAUGUGGAGCACUGACUCACCCACAGGGAAAUCUAGAAACUGAUGUCUCCUGCAGGACAAUCUAGAUCACCUACUCACCUGCAAGGAAAUGUAGAACAAACCCAACCUGAAGAGCAACCUAGAACUCCGAGUCACCUGCAGGGGGAUCUAAAGCAUCAGCUCACCCACACUGGCUAAAUUGCAGGGGAAUCCAGAACAGUUGCUUCUAGAACGCUUACUCUCCUACAUAGGAGCAACUCACCUACAUGAGAAAUAAGAACACUGAGUAACCUGCAGAGGAACCUAGGACGCUCACUCAUAUGUAGGGGUAUAGAAAACAGCAACUGACCUGCAGAGGAUCUAGAACACUGACUCAAAGGCAGGGGAAUGUAGAACAGUGACAUACCCAUUGAGGAAUCUAAACAACUGAUUCAUCUGCAGGGGGAUCUAGAACAUUGACCCACCUGCAUUGCCUCGCCUGCAAGGGGAUCCAGAAUGAUGACUCACCUGCAUAGCAAUCUAGAACAUUCACUCACCUGCAUUGACUCACAUACAGGUGGGAUCUAGAAACACUUACUGGAAAUCUAGAGCACAGAAUAUUGAAUUUGAGGCUCUUAUUAAAUGUAGGGAAAGAACAUCUCUCUCCACAAUAUCUCUUUAGAUCCUCGGCAUAUGGUGGGGUGAUUUCGGUAGCUUUGAGUGGACGAUUGGGUUAUUUUAAUCUCUUCGGCCAGGAGGACAAACUGUGCUCUCGUUCUUUGCAGCAAGUAAAGUUCCAGAGGAUCGUAGGGGACACACAUUAAGGUCAUUGCUAGUGCUGUGGUUCUGCUGAGCUUCAAAAGAGACUUGCCUCUGUGCCUUUUGUGCAAACACUUAUGGUUUAAAAAAACAAGCAGACUUUAAAGGGAAAAGGGAUAUUUGUUGUGAUAACCUGAGGAAUGUGCAUUAUCAGGACAAAGAACAAAGACUCCUAUUUAUAAGCAUUUUAAUAACACAACGACUACUAACGGACUAAGGAAUGUCUCCAGUAUAUUCUUUCGAAAGCACUUUGAAUAUAAGAACUAUGUACAUCAGAUCUUUCUUCUUUAGGGUAGCGUAUGGUUUCAUAAAGAAGUGUGAGCUAUAUGUAAAGGCACUCCUUUGUGGCCUUAUUUUUAUAUUGUUUUUAUUUUCAGUUAUUUAAUAUACAGAGAUUUUAUUUUACACAGGCACGCAGAGUCAUGUGUGCAGUGGCCAGUUAUCCUCCAAACCUCUGGAUCUGCUCCUUUAAAUCCAGCUGAAUGUCAUCUCACUGAAAACUCACUGUCUCACUCGCC